AUGUCCGGAGCCAGCAGUGAGCAGCUGCACAGAUCCACUUUGACCGUCUACCUGAACCUGAUGGAGCACUUCAAUCCUGGCCUCCAGAAACUUGUUUCUUUAGGAAACAGCUACAUCACAGCUUUCCAAGCUUUAGCAGUUUGCAGUGAGGCCUACUUCAGCGCUGUGGCUAAGAUGGGUGACCAGGCCCUGCACACGCUUUCAUCUCGCUCUCUUGGAGACGUUCUGAUCCAGGUGUCAGAGACUCAGAGGAGGCUCACUGCAGAGAUGGAGGGUGUGUUUCGAUGGUUCCAGGUGGAGGUGCUGCAGGCGAUGGAGAAGAAUGUGAAGCUGGAUGAAGAGUACAUUGAUGGAAGUCACCGCGUGUACGAGCUGGAGGUCAGGAACCAGGCGGAGGCUCUGGAGAAACAGCUCCGACGAGGAGUCUACAGGGACUCUCUGGAGAACAGUGAGUACAUGCUAUACCUGAGGCAGAGCCAGCAGGAGAUCCUGAAGGAGGAGGAGAGGAGGUAUCGCUUCUUAGCAGAGAAACACUGCGGCCUCACUCAGUCACUGCUCUUCCUUAUAAACAAGACGGGAGCUUCUCUGCAGCAGAAGGCCGACGGAUGGAAGGAGAAAGUGAACGAGACCAAAGGGUCCAGACCUCGGACCCCCACACACCUGGAUCAGGAGGCACAGCUGCGGGGGUCAGUGAGCUCCCUGCUGCAGACUGUAGCCAGAGAUGAAGACAUGUCGUGGGCCAGGAGGGAGCAGCAGGCGCUGGGCAGAGUGCCGUCCAGAGCUCCGUCCCCCCUCCCCAGCCGCUCCCGCUCCAGCUCAGUGGGGGAGUCUUUGGGUCUGGGAGGAGGGAGAGCCAUGAGAGCGCUGGUUUCUCACCCCUCCUCAUCCAACCCGAAGCUUCUCCCUUUCACCCGGGGGGAGAGCGUCACCGUGCUGGUGCAGGAGCCACGCAACGGCUGGCUGUACGGACGCACGGACAGCAGCCUGCGUCAGGGCUGGUUUCCUGCUGCCUACGUGGCUCCUGUCGACGAUUUCUCCAACACUUUAUCAACAAGGAGCCACAGUAUGAACAAUCUGCUGGACCCAACUGACACCUACACCGAUCAAUCAGAGAGCAACAGCUUUGGAGACGUCCCGCCCCCCGCCACCCCCAACCGCAGAGCCUCCGCCGAUUUCCGGUCGAGCUCUCCUCUCCCGGAGAAGAAGCUGGAGUCGGCCUUGGAGGCAAAGCCCCCCCCGCUGCCUCCCCCCCCGAGUCUCCGGAGGGGCUCUGCGGAUCUUCGGAUGUCAUCUCUCGCUGAGAGGACGGAGGAUUCAUCCUCUGAAGUCCAGGUACCAGACGCUCAAAGACUUUCACCUGUGCAUCCUGUGUUUCCUCAGAGCUUGUCGCCCCCCGGGCCGCCUGGUAACCCCCUGUUCCCCAGAGGCACAAACCCGUUCGCCACCGUGAAGCUUCGCCCCACGACCACCAAUGACAGAUCUUCUCCUCUGAUCCAAUGAUCCGUCGUCGCUCUGCAGCCGCUGCAACCAACGCUGCUGGAUCCAGUUGAGCCGGCAGGACGUUCGUUUGUGUUUCAGGAGAAUUAAAGUGUCUUCUGAAAUGUUACAAAGCUUUGAGGGGCAGAGGAAGUUUGUUUUGUACAGUUUUAGAUCAGAUUAGGUGAUGAAGUGAUACUGCAGUACAUAGUUUAAUAUCACAGUUAUACACUUUUGAAGUUGUUUUUUAACCGUAUUUAGGUUUUUAUAUAGAUAGUUCUGUUUGUCUUAUAGUUAAAAUACUAAAGGAAUAAUUAGACCUUUUUGGGAAAUAUGUUCUAAAGCACAUCUAUGGUUUUGUUCCCUCCGGACAGAAGCUGCUUCCUGUCCUUAUGCUAAGCUAAGCUAUGUGGCCUCUGGCUCGUAUAAAGCUCAAAACAUUCAGCGUAGAGAGAUGCAGUAAUUAAUCUUCUCAUCUAAAUCAAGCAGAGCGAAUAAUCAUAUUUCCCAAAUGUAUUCCUUUAAGCUGAUGGACAAAGAGACACAAAACAACUACAAAGAAACAAACAACGACUACAAAGAGACAAACAAAGACUACAAAGAGACAAAAUACAACUUCAGAGAAA